CGCACAUAUUUCAGUGUUUUGAAAGUGUUGUGUACUUUAGAAAAAGCGAAAGCUUUCAUGGCUAAAAAUGAGCGAAUAUGUGCAUGACAGAGAACAGUGGUUUAAUACUAGUACCUUUAACGAAAUUGGAACAAACUAUUUAAAUACCACAUCUUAUCUAAAUAUUCGUAAUCAUAUUUUGCAUUCCAAAGCAACGAAGGAAAUAUUUACUAACGGAACGUAGUGCUGCCACGUUAAACAAUGAAGUUUUCAUGCAUUCAGCUCUGUUUAGUAAUUGUUUCAUGCGAAGUCCUCAGCCUCGAAAACAAACGUCUUCUACUUCAUGAUCCAGUAUCCAUUGCAGAAGCUAUACAUCAACUUCGAACUGAGAUUGGGGAGUUAAAUGCCACACAUUAUAAGGAUGUUGAGCAGUUGAAGAAUGAACAUGCAAAAGAAGUAGCAGAUCUUCGAGCUGGACUAAAUGCUGAAAAACUUCAAAGAUGUCGAACAGGGUCAGUUGAUUUCAAUAAUGAGAAAUGCGCAACUCAUUGUUCGGAGAGUCAGAUUAUUCAUUUUUCUCCUUCAUUUACAAAGGUUCCCGUGAUCACAUUUGCCUUUUCUACGAUUGACGUAAACAAAGAUCAUAACACUCGGAUAAAUUCGAGCGUUUCUUCUCUGACAACAUCUUCUGCGAAAUUAACAGUAGGAACAUGGCAUGUUUCUGAAGUUUACCGAGCAACACUAAAUUGGAUUGCAUGUCCAAAUAUGUGAGAUCUAUAUAAA